AUGAACCGUUUGGAUGAUCCUCCAAGUCUCAUGAAAGGCAGAAAACCAUCUUUUAUUGGAAUGAACGGUAUUUUUCACUACGUUCUUAAAAUUCUUAAUACUAGUAUAAUUUAUUUCUUUUCUGAAGCACUUCCUAUUUCGUUAUUAUUUUUCCACGCUUCUAUCAUUGUGCAUGUAUUGUUACAAUUAUAAAAUAUUUCGUAUAGGCUAAAUUUUAUUUUAUUAAGUUAUAGAAUUAAAGAGAAAAAUUUCUUUCGUUUGUACACCUUAAAAUCGAAUUUCGUGACGUACAAUAAUUGUAAUUCAUUCGUUCUACAAUAACUUUUAGGUUAGAUGCAUGUAAGAUCUAGUUAUUAAAUUUUGCUUCAAAUUUGUAGGAGGCCCAGAAACAGACGAUCAGCAACGCUUAAGAUUUCAAGUUGAAUUAGAGUUUGUUCAAUGUCUUGCGAAUCCAAAUUACUUAAACUGUAUGUUGAACAAUAACCAUAUUAUCGAUAUUUUAGCACAACGUGGAUACUUUAAGGACUCUACGUUUAUAAAUUAUCUUAAAUAUCUAUUAUACUGGAAGGAACCAGAAUAUGCAAAAUAUCUGAAAUAUCCCAUGUGCUUGUACUUCUUAGAUUUAUUACAAUAUGAACACUUUAGGAGAGAAGUAGUAAAUUCUCAAUGUACAAAGUUUAUAGAUGAUCAGCAAAUUUUAUUAUGGCAACAUUAUACCAGACGUAGGACAAGACUGUUACAGACUGCAGCAGAGCAAACACAACAUGCAAAUCCUCAAAAUAAUGGUAUUGUACAACCUAAAGUUCCUUGA